AUGGCAAGUUUCCUCGGCCGGCUACGGUCAAACGUGCAACUCUUCAAGCGAAAACGGCCCUGUUCUUUGUACGGGGACUCAGACGAUGAGUCUACAUCGAGGCACGCUAAAAGAAGAGCUGGAAGUCCAAUAAUCAUUACUGAUAGCGAUGAUGAUGAUGACGACGUGAAAGAAGUGAAACCACGAGGAUAUGGCGGCAGAGGAUCUAUUUUUGAUCCUAUCGUACUUCCAGAAUGGCACAGUCCCAGUAUCAUCUCGGACGAGAGUAAGGGAGAGCUGGUAGAGAUCUCGGAUGAUGAGGAUGAAGACUGGGACUACGAAGACCAGGACGACGAAGACGGCAAUGAUGAAGAAUCGCCGCUUUUCAAAGCUCCCGCACCUCUGAGUCCAUCGCCACUGCCCAAUGCUCUUCCAUCACGAAGUCAAAAUCUCUGGGCCGGUGCUCCUGGUGUGGGUGAUUAUGCCAAGGAAGAAAGUCCCAUUGAGCGAAGCAAAUUUCCGGCAUUUCUGGAUCUCAUUAAUGAUUCAGACGCGGAUAAUGGGGAUGAUGAGAAUGGCUCGCUUCAUGAAGGGACCGACGAUGAAGAUGAAGAUCAUGUAUUUUCUUUCACCGGCACGAGUAGUUCGCAACUCUCCCAAUCUACCCUUGCUCUUUCUCAGGAGACGGAUGUCACCUCGAUCUCUUCAGCAUCGAGUCAGUCCCAAGAAGCAACCAGGCCGAAGCAUUCUAUCUGGGCCACCAAGACCAAGGAUAUCGAGGCAUUUUUCGCAGGUACUUCGUCCAAGCCCGGUGCCGAUCGAUACAGCGUUCAAUACGACAACCAAGUGACACUUGACUUAGUCACACGUAAGAAGCUUUUCUGGUACAGGUACUGGAAGAUCUGUCUACCGCAGAUCCGUCGUACAUUCAACCGAUACCUAGAGCAUGCUAAUGCUUCCGACGACGAGCAAUGCUACCUUUACAAAGGGCCCCGGCUGGCUAGCGCAGGACGAGUGCUUUCGCUAACUGCACAGUUCCGGCAUAAAGGUCAUAUGGAGAGAUUGACCAUCAACGUGGGCCUCGUAGCCAUGCUCCUAGACGAUCGGAUAACGGAUGCUCACCGCAAAGGAAUCGUCGAAGAAGGUUUCCAUGCCUCUCACCUAUGUGGGAAUUGGACCUGCAUUAACAGCAGGCACAUAGUCCCGGAAUUAGGAGCCGUGAAUAUCAACCGCAAUCGUUGCUUUCCAAAGAUGGAGGAGGCUUGCUGGCAUACACCACCCUGUAUGAAGCAUCUCAAACAAGACGGUCAUAAUUUGAGAUCAAUACCGGCAGCCAAGCUCCUACAACCACCACGACCUUCCAUUUACCACAAUUCGUAUGGAUUCCAUGAUCUCUUCAAGUAUUAG